CCUACGCUGCUUGCCUGCGCACUCUCCUUGAAACCCGCUACACGCAUUGCGUAACCUGGGCUUCUCGAGGCGCUUACGCCACUUUUAGGCGUAAUGUGUUUUCGAGAAUAGAAAGGACCCUGCGGGGAGUACCUCAGAAGCGGCCUACUUGGCUUCCUCGAAGCCUGGCGUUUGCGUGCGCAUUCUGCUACGCACGUUGCGUUACAUGGCCUUCUCCUCGAGGCGCCUACGCCACUUUUAGGCGUAAUGUGUUUUCGAGAAUAGAAAGGACCCUGCGGGGAGUACCUCAGAAGCGGCCUACUUGGCUUCCUCGAAGCCUGGCGUUUACGUGCGCAUUCUGCUACGCACGUUGCGUUACAUGGCUUUCUCCUCGAGGCGCCUACGCCACGUUCAGGCGUAACUCGCUUUCCAGAAUACCUCAGAGGAGGCCUAGGCGGCUUUUUGGAGCCUGAGACUCGCGUGAGCUCUGAAGGCCGGCCAGGUUGAAGGGAAGGUUUCAAACUGAGACAUAAAAGAUUCAACAAUCUUCGGGAGGAGGGUGAAAAUGGCCGCGCAUCGUCCGCGGCGUUGGCGGCCCUGGAGGAGCCGGACAGAGCAGCCGGAAAAGGAGGAAGAGUCCGAACUGGUUGGCCGGCGGCUGGGCGACCAGGGGAAGUUUGCUUACGCGGCUCUCUGCGCAGUAUCCUCGGCUGCUUUGUUUCCGGAGGAAGAGGAAAGCUCUUACAGAACAGGCGUGAUCGAAAGCCUAGUGCAAUGGCUGGACCUCUCAGAGGCUGUUUUGCCUGCCAUGUUGGCCUUUGCUGGCGGUUUGGGGGCUGAAGGGACGGAGACUUUUGCCCAGAUCCUUUUGAAGGAGCCCCUUGUGAAAGAGAACCCUGGAGUCAUCACACAGGAUCUUGUCUCCUUUUCCCUGAAGGAUGGUCACUACGAUGCCCGAACCCGGGUCCUACUUUCGCACGUCACUUGGCUUUUAAAGAUCCCUUUAGUGGAAAUGGAGGCCUGCGAGGAAUGUCUCCUUGAAUGUUUGAAUGAAGAAAAGGAGGAGGAAUCGGAAACGGCUGAGGCAUCGAGGAAGAAAAAAGAAAAAAGGAAGAGGCUGAAACGCUACCUCCUGAUUGGCUUGGCAACUGUCGGAGGUGGGACUGUGAUUGGUCUGACGGGGGGCCUGGCUGCCCCUCUCGUAGCCGCCGGUGCGGCCACCGUCAUUGGGAGCGCCGGCGCCGCGGCCUUGGGUUCGGCGGCUGGCAUCGCAGUCAUGGCGUCGCUCUUUGGGGCCGCUGGAGCCGGACUCACCGGGUACAAGAUGAAGAAGCGAGUGGGAGCCAUUGAGGAGUUCGAGUUCCUGCCCUUGACGGAAGGGAGGCAGCUCCACGUCUGCAUCGCCAUCACCGGCUGGCUUUCCACUGGGAAAUACGGGAGUUUUACGGCUCCGUGGAGCACCUUGCUGCGGUCCAAAGAGCAGUAUUGCUUAGCCUGGGAAUCCAAGUACCUGAUGGAGCUGGGCAAUGCCUUGGACUCCUUGCUGAACGGCCUGGUCAACAUGGUGGCGCAGGAAGCCCUGAAGUACACGGUUUUGGCCGGGAUUGUCACGGCCCUGACCUGGCCGGCUUCGCUGCUCACAGUGUCCAGUGUCAUCGACAACCCAUGGGGCGUCUGCCUCCAUCGCUCUGCCGAAGUCGGGAAGCAGUUGGCGCAGAUACUCCUCGGGCGGCACCAGGGCAGGCGUCCGGUGACCUUGAUCGGCUUCAGCCUGGGGGCCAGAGUCAUCUAUUUCUGCCUCCGGGAAAUGGCCAAAGAGGAAGAUUGCAGUGGGAUUGUGGAAGAUGUUGUUCUCCUCGGGGCACCAGUAGAAGGGGACGCCAAGCACUGGAAACCCUUGGCCAAAGUUGUCUCGGGGAGGAUUAUCAACGGCUUUUGCAGGGGAGACUGGCUUCUGAGCUUUGUCUACCGGACCUCCUCCGUCCAGCUCAACGUGGCCGGGCUCCAGCCGGUUGACCUGGAUGACCGGCGGAUGAUGAACGUGGACCUCUCUUCUGUGGUGAGUGGCCACCUGGACUACAUGAAGCAGAUGGACACCAUCCUGAAGGCUGUGGGCAUCCGCACCAAGGAAGAGAGGGUCAGCCCGGCCGCCUUCAAGGCGAAAUGUGACAGUCCAACCAUAUCCGAUGGUUCACAUGAAGGAGGCGGUGGUUCCAUUCCCAACACUGGAAACAAUCCCAAGGAGGAGGAGGAGGAGGAGGACUGCUGGUCCUGGGAGCCGGUCUCUAAGAAUGGACUGGGCCCCAAAGAGCUCCCACUGGGUUCGGAUGCCGGGCGCAAUGACAAGGGACCCCAAAACCCUACAGUGUUGGAGGCAUCCCUUUCCGAACCCCGAAAUCUGACAGAGGGGCCCCAAGCACCACAGAUGGAUCCCAAAAGCCUACAGUCCUAGAAGGACCCCAAAACCUUGCAGGAGAAAAUGUGGCUGUGAAGAUGGAGACGUCUGGAUGUACAGUUUGUGUCGGACCCGCACCUUCGUCACCUGCGCAGGGCUAGGAUAGGACAGAGCGCAACAGGGAUGCCCGGUAUGUUCUAGAAUCAGCUUAGGAGAGCUUUCGGAUUUAAGACUGUGAUGUAGUAGGCUCUCGGUUCACCCGAACCCUUGAGCCACUGGCAAACAAAAUGGAAUAUUAAAAUAAAACCAAUGUUCACUUCCA